UGAGCGCGACUGCGCUCACGGGCACGCGCUCACGGACAUACACAGCUGCCUGCGAGAAAAAGAGAAAGCGAGAGAGGCGAGGAGCGUGUGCGGCGGCCUCGCGCUUAUAAUGGCUGCCAGGAAAAGCAGAGCAGAGGAAAAUCAGCUACAUUGGGAAUAACGUCGUGCACAGGUGAGGAAGAAGAGGAUGGUGAGCAGUCAAGCCAAGUACGAGCUGAUCCAGGAGGUGGGCCGGGGCAGUUACGGUGUGGUUUACGAGGCAGCCGUACGGCAGACGGGUGCUCGCGUGGCUGUGAAGAAGAUCCGCUGUCACUCCCCAGAGAACGUAGAGCUGGCCUUGAGGGAGUUCUGGGCCCUGAGCAGCAUCCAGAGCCAGCAUCCCAACGUUAUCCACCUGGAGGAAUGCAUUCUCCAGAGAGACGGUCUCGCCCAGCGGAUGAGCCACGGCUCCAGCUCCUCACUCUAUCUGGAAUUGGUGGAGACCUCCCUGAAAGGUGAGAUCACGUUUGACCCCCACUGCGCCUACUACCUGUGGUUCGUCAUGGACUUCUGCGAUGGAGGAGACAUGAACGCCUAUCUCCUGUCCCGCAAACCCAGCCGCAAGACCAACACCAGCUUCAUGCUGCAACUGGGCAGCGCUCUUGCUUUCCUGCAUCGCAACCAGAUCAUUCACCGAGACCUCAAACCAGACAACAUUCUAAUUUCACAGGGCAGAACCCCGGCUGGGUCCCCCGAACCCACCCUGAAGGUGGCUGACUUUGGCCUCAGCAAGGUCUGCUCCUGUUCAGGUUUGAACCCCGAAGAACCAGCCAGCGUCAACAAGUGUUUCUUGUCCACUGCUUGUGGGACAGACUUCUACAUGGCCCCGGAGGUGUGGGAGGGCCACUACACUGCUAAGGCUGAUAUUUUUGCUUUGGGGGUCAUCAUAUGGGCCAUGGUGGAACGGAUUACGUUUGUGGAUGUAGAAACUCAGAAGGAGCUUUUAGGGAGCUACGUACAGCAGGGGGAGGAUAUAGUCCCGUUGGGAGAGGCUCUGCUAGAGAACCCCAAGAUGGAGCUCCACAUCCCGGCUCGGAAGAAGAGCAUGAACGCUGGCAUGAAGCAGCUGAUUCGAGAGAUGCUGUCCGCCAAUCCACAGGAGCGACCUGAUGCCGUUGAGCUGGAGCUCAGGCUGGUUCGGAUAGCAUGUAGAGAACUUGAUUGGGAUACGUGAAAGGACAGCAUCUUGGAGAUGGGGUAAACUUCUAGGACAAUGAGCUUGAAUGAGUAAGAACAUAUUGUUUGGCCCUGUCCCAAAUGGCACAUGGAGGUCUUGUGGUCUUCGCUCAGGAGUGUCUGUGAAAUCCACAAGACCGUAGGAUGGGGAUCUUGAACCCUGCUCUUGGAGAGCUGCAGGACUUCAGCUCCAACCCUGCUCCCAUACACCUACCUGUAAUUAUCAAGUAACCCUGAACACCUGGAAUUGCUGAUUCUGGUGUGUUUGAUUGGGGUUGGAGCUCUGAAGGAUGGUAGCUCUCCAGGAGCAGGGUUGGAGACCCCUACCUUAGGGUUUCCCAUUUGUCAAUUCAGUUUAGACUCCAUUUGCUGAGCCCACAAUGGUGUGGACUAUUACCUGACAUUAUCUCUGCUGCAAAGUAUAGACUUUGUUGAGGAAUACUGCAUAGGCUGAGGGUGGCAUUUGGGAGAGGGCCUUUGUGGGCAAAAGUGGAUUUUUACAGGGCGAUUGCACUGGUCCUUAAUACUCUUACAGUUUAGUACAACUGAUUCAUUGAUGAUAAACAGCCUUUAUAAUGUAUAAUGCUUAUUACUAUUUCACCUGUUCACAAGCACAUUGGGACUUUCGUCAACAAGAGCAGAGGUAUUCAGCCCUGCUCCUGGAGACCCAGUGUCUUGCAAAGUUUAUUUCCAAUCUACUUGAGCACACCUGUAUGUGUAUUGUCAAGCAAUCCUAAAGAGCUUGAUUAGCUGCUUCAGGUGUGUUUGAUUAGGGUUGGCACUAAACUCUGUCAGGCAGUGGGUCCCUAGGAGCAGGGUUAAAGAUCAAGAGUUCAAAUGGGCUUCAGUGGAGGUUUAUUGAUGGAAAAACAUCAGAUAGCCACCUUCCACUGACCAUAAGCCACAUCGAUCCAGAUAAAGACGUAGGAACACAGAAUUCCCAGAACAUUCCAGCACUAAGACAUCAGAGAGCAUGUAGAUUAGGGCUGGGUGGUAUAGCUAAAAAUAUAUAUUUGUAUUGUAACUAUUUUGGCUUUGUGAAAAAUUCAGUAUUUGCAUUUUGAUGGUGUGUGACUUACUUUCUUUGCUCAUGAAUUUGGAGAAGGCAAAAGUGGUCUACUGGCAUGAUCCUAAUGUCUAGAAAAAUGGUAUUAAAUCACAGUUGAUGUUCUUCAUGUUUUACAUCAACAAACAAAAUAGUGGUAAAAGAUAUUGUAUAUAUUCAAGUUAACACCCAGCCCUAAUGUAGUUUUAAUACAACACAGCAAAAAGACUCAUGGCUUCCAUAUUUCUUGGGAACUCUUUAGUUCUAUAUGAGAGAUACUCUCACCUCACUCUCGGUGCUAAUUCAACUUUAAUGCAAAGUGGAAAACAUGCAGCAAAUAACGGCUUCUUUUACAGCCACCUUUUUUUUUUUUUU